AUGAAAGAAGCUUCCUCUUGGAAAGACACCUUCCAGCCACUCUAUCCUUCGGAGAGGAAAACCCAAGCUUGGUGUUGGCAGUCAGGUAGUUCAUUGGAACUGGAAACCACCUACUCAGCUUCCUCCCCACCGCCAACUGGAAGCAACCAUGACGAUGUGCUGACAGCCCUUGCAGAGUUGCACUGUGAUCUCUCUGAGCUCGUCACGGUACCUUCCUAUGCAGGAGUUUCAAUUCAAGCACACAUUCGCAUCCACAGCAGACCCUCACCCACUCCCCCACCAGAUGCCAACCGUGAUGAGGAUGCAGUGACAAUAACAGAAAGUAUCUUCCGUCAGAAACCUUGUGCCUUCCAUUCUCCUACGAAUCAAAGCAGGGCCAUCAGCUUUGUUGUACUUGGACAACUCCAAAAUUGUGUGUUUGAUAAGUGGCAGCAGAUCGGCGUCCCUGACUUCCCAGGCCCAGCAAAGCACAGCUGA